GUUCUGGUGUGGGUCCAUUCACUGUUUUGCCCACUGACUGUGGGUUGUGGGCACAGCACACUGCCUUGGAUUCCCUUCAUAAAGCAUGCUUUAGUGGUCAACAAACCUCCAGGAAUGUGAAAGUUAUGAGCUCAGUUUGUUGGGACUGAUGAUGGCUUCAGGUGGAGUAGAGGAGGAGGAUGAGGGAAUAUCACUGGACAUUGAUGACAUGCACAUGCUGCUACAUGUGGAGCAAGAACAAAUUCAGAAAAGAACAUUUACCAACUGGAUGAACGCUCAGCUUGCGAAGAGGAGUCCGCCCUCACAUGUGUCAGACCUGUUUGUUGACCUCAGAGAUGGCUCCAUUCUGCUCGACCUUCUAGAGGUGAUUACAGGCCAGCCCAUGACAAGGCAAAGAAUAGAUGGAGUCUUCAAGCAGAGAGCAGACAUUGAGACCGUGCUGGACUUUCUCAAGAACAAAUCUGUAAAAUUAGUAAAUAUAAAUGUCCCAGAUAUUAUUGAUGGAAAACCUGCAAUUAUCCUUGGCCUAAUAUGGACCAUUAUUCUCCAUUUUCAUAUAGAGGAGAUGGCUAUCAAUCUGUCCAGCAUAUUUCCUCCUUCCACCCUGGACUCUUUGGACAGAGCUGAAUCCUGUUUAAGUACUCAGCCUUCACUACACAAGAGCUUUGGACUCUCAGCUAAACAAGCCCUGCUCACAUGGGCUCAAAACCAGUGCCAUAGGGCUGGUUGCUCUGUCACCAUCACAGACUUUACAUCGAGCUGGAGGAGUGGGGAGGCAUUCUUGGCCGUCCUCUGCUCUCUCAGACCAAAGCUGUUGGAUUUGACCCAAGUCCAGACCAGAACCAACCUAGAGAACCUGGAGAGGGCUUUUGAGCUGUCAGAAAGGGAGCUGCACAUACCCCGCCUCCUGGAACCACAUGAUGUUGAUGUCCCUGACCCUGAUGAGAAGUCUAUUAUGACAUUUGUGGCGCAAUUUCUACAAUUCUCAAUUGAAUCAGUCACUCCUGUUGCCAACACACAGGAGCCUAACCUGUCUACUGAUGACUGCAAAAAUGAUAUACACUAUAAAAAAUCUUCACGACCCCAAGUUGAAAGUUUCCAUGAAGGUCCAACAGAAUCUCAAAAAGCUAAAAGUCGAGUGGAGAAGACCAGAGUACGAGUCCAGGCUCGGAUUCAGCAGGCUAUCAAGCUAUUCAGCAACAGAGACAUUACAGAGGCUGAGGCCAAGAGGAAAGAGAGGGCAUUAAAAGCUCUGCAGCCUGAUUUCCUGGAGGACUUUCUGUCUGCUGUGGACACUUUUGGAGCAUUCUGUUCUGAACCCCAACUUGAGGAUUUAAAGAUACUCUCCGAUUCAGUGAAAAAGCAAUGGGAGGACGUGCGUAUGGACAUGUCAGUUUAUAUAGACAUGUUGUGGAGAAAGAUCAGAGAAAGGAAGAUGCAAGUGUCUCUAGAACCCUGUAAAAGAUUGACCACAAAGCAUGAAGAAGAACCACAGAAGGAGGAGAUGUACUCUGUGAGGAGCAGGGGAAACCAAGAUGGGACUGGCACCACAACUAACCUGCAGUCAAAACAUCAGCUCACAAGUCAGCAAGAAGUACAAAGUGCCAAAUGUUUCACUGACACCAUUGACAAGAUGGAGUCUGCAGAUGAUAAAACUAAACUGGUCUCAGAAAGCUCCAAGAAGAUGGUCUCAAAGUCUUUUAGUAACAUCUCCUCUAUGACUCGGACUGAACCCAGCAAGAUUUUGGACAAUAAAGUCGAUACACAUGCAACAAAUAUGGAAGUUACACAGGAAGGAUCGCAAAUUCAAGAAGAUGCACAGGCAACAUCUACUAAAGUGAAUGUAUUUCAGUUAGACUUGAAGACAAAUGUUUCAGAAAGGAUUAAACAUUUCAAAACAAUGGAGAAUGAAAAUGCUGUUGAGACCAAAGACAAGAAGAUAAGAAAAAGGAGCAGUGAAGUUAAACCUGGAGAUAACAGGAACCAAAGACAAAUGGCCUUUAUGGGGAAACUGAUGGAGUUGCAAACAGAAGCAGAGGAACUGAGUCUGCAGGAGGUCACUCUGCCCGCUCUACACCAACGAUCUCGGGCCUUGAUGAGAUUGGAGAAUAGUUUGUCUAGUCUCCACUCUGAGUAUGAGCACAUUAAAAAUAGCUCACAAUCAGAAAGUUGUGACAUCAGUGUAAACCAUGACGUAGAGCAUCUUUGGCAAGUGACCACUAAAGCAAUUUCAGAACGACUGGAACAGUGUAGUCACUUGGUUGAGCUGCUGAAGAGGUUUCAGAAGACCAGCACAGACAUUGGUGAAACUUUACAGAGAGCUGAGAGCACAGUGAAGGAGCAGGCCUCAUACAUGGGAAGAGAAAACCUGCACAGACUACACACUAAGGUUACUGAAACUAAAUCUGAGGUGAAUAAUCUUGGGGACAAGGUUGGAGAGCUGAGAAAUGUCUCAAAACAACUUCAUGGUCAUUUACAACAAAUCCCACAAUGUCCCAGCAACAUCCCCUUUGAGUCAGAGGCUCAGAGUCUGAUGGACCAUUGGAUAGAUAUUUCUGAGAGAGUGGAGUCAUACUUUGAAAACCUGCAGUUUGCCCUGAGUCUGUGGGAUGGUGCUCUCAAACUGGGGCAGGAGGUUGAACACUGGACCAGCACAAAAUUUGCCACUUUUGCACACUCCCCAUUUUUCCAGACUGAGGAGGACAUACAAGUCUUACAGACUGAAGUUAGAAAGCAGGAGGAGAGUAUCAAGUGUUUCAGUCGAAUAACAACACAGAUUCAGACCCUGCUUCAGACAGCAGAGCCCCCACUGGAACUGCAGGUUGGGCAGGCUCAGAUGAGGACAAAGAUGGAUGAAUUACAGGAGCUUGUUUCUGAAGUUGAGGAGGUCUUCAGACAGACAGAGGCUGCUAAAACCAAUGUGUGUGACAGAAUAUCUGAGAGUCUGUGCUCCUUACACACUGUUCAGGAGGCCCUGCUCAACCUCAGCGGUCCUGAUCCACCAACAGUUCUCUCACAACUUCAGGACCUGUAUUUGCAGCUGCAGGUUCAGGAUGAGCAGGUCCUGACUCUCCAUGAAGACCUGCGGGUCCUGCUUUCAGUGGGACGUCCCGAUGGUUUGGAGAGUGUGUUUGAGAAUGGAGAUAAACUACAGGAGACUCUGGCACAGGUGCACCAGCUCUUCUGUGAGGUGGAGGAGCAAACCCACAGGCACAUACAGCUCUAUGACAGGCUCCAAACACAAGUGGAUCAUUUCAAACAAUGGCUGAACACUGAUGAGCUUACCCAGGAUCCCAGGGUUCUGCAGGAGGAAGUGGUUCAACACAGGGUGAAGGAUCUCUCUCAGCUCGUGUUGUUCUUAAGAAACUCCACAUUUCAGAAGUCAGUGCUGAUUGAAGAGAGCGAGAAACUGCUAGAGCAAUAUUACAAGCGUGAAAGCAGCACACGAGGUGGACCCAGGGAGCUGCAUGAAUCACUACACUCCCAGUCCUGUGUCAAAGCAGUGAACCAACCACAAGCUCAAGUAACUGAAGUCGGUGGAGUCCAGAGAGGCCCAAGUGCAGAAAGCUCAGCAGGAGACAGGAUGACAUGUGUCAGAGGAAGUGUAGUUGACAUGAAAGAUGGAGUCCAGGAAACCGACGAUAAUCUCCGGUUCAACAGUGGUUUACAGGUUGCCCCGAAACUGAACAACAACAUGAGGGAGGACUACAUUCUUCAUGACUCAUCCUGGUUUGAACUGGAGCGCUGCCUGUCACGGCUCAAGGCCCGGCUGGAUGAUGUGUCCAUUGCCGGGGAAGAAAUGUGUGAUGAUGAGGGCCUUGUCCGACUGCUCCAGGACUGCUGCCACAAACUGACAUCUCUGCAGGGAAAGAUGUCCAUAAUUACAGCAGACUCUGAACGAGAGGUCAUGCUACAGCAACUUGCAGCUAUCGAGAAAGUCCUUUGUCAGCACGUUGCACUCAUGGACCCAAAUAACAGCCUUUCUCAAGAAAUCCAUAACCUCCUACACCUCAAGAGGGCGCUAGACGACAGCAUCAAAGACAGGACUGGUCAGGAGCAGAAACAGCAGAGUGAUCAACACAGGGAAGAGCACCCAAUUUCAAAUGAAGACAGUUUUAAAACGAUUCUUAAGUCCGUUGGAGCAGGAAACUUGGUGAAAGAAAAAGGAGUGACAAAUGGCACAGGACACAUGCAGGAAAGCAGCCAAACAGAGCAAAAUGAACCACCAACUUCCAACCAGCGGUCUCCAGGCUUGGAAGAAUUCAUUUCAGUCGACAAAGAAGACCACGCUGCCUCACACUCCCAACAAUCGCAUCCUCUUCAAAAUGAGAAGAAAAUUGAAAUCAAAGAACUAUUGAGCUCAGAAGAAAACGCAAUUUCAGCUGCUCCUGGAAAUGACCCAAAGCGGAAACCACAAACACAGAAUCUGGUCACUUGUCCUGCAGAUGUCCUACAAAACCACACCAUUGUCCAGGAAAGAGAAAUACAUGGAAAAUUGAAUUCUGGAUUCAAUGCUAGUAUUGAAGAAAUUGACAACAUUUUCAAACAAGAUAAUACAGAUUUUUGUAAUACUGAAGAUGCUGAAGUGGGAACUGUUUUGCGUACAGUGGAUAUCAAAGGCCUUACAAAGAAUACAAUACCAGUAGAUACAGUGGGUAUAGAGCAUGUAAACGAAGAUGAAAGACUGUACUUUGAUAGCAUUGGCAGACUGCUGAAAGAAGUGUGCAGACUGGAGCUUCCUGGGUCAUCUGAGGACACAAACCAGAUGGCCUUAGAAAUGGAACCGGAGAAGAUGAACGGACAGGGGGAUUGCUGCAUGACAGGUGAAGAGGCGACAGGUGAAGUGGUGGCAGGUGAAUCGUCCAAGCACAAGUUCACCAUGAGGGAUGUUUUAGAAGGUGUCCAGAGUUUGGUGGAAAGCAGUUGCAUAAUAAAUAGGGAACCACGGCUUGAUCUAAAGUGGUUCCUGAAUUCCUUGUCCGGUGAAGCUGAAAUCCAAUUGAUGCAAACUGUUCAAAGAGUUUUUGUUUGUCACUAUCACUCUGCACAGUCCAACCUGACAGCCAUGAGUACACAACUACGGGAGGCAGAGAAGCUCAAAUGCUGUGUCCAGGAGAAAGUAGAUGCAAUAAAACAUACCGGGGAAUCUGAUGUCCCUAACGGUCUUGAAAGGCUGUGUAGCGCCGCCCUAGUGGAUGCUUCUGCCACAGUGCAAGUGAAAGCUGCACAAUUAGAUCAGGUCAAACAAUAUCUCCGACAACUAAAGAUGACCAAGGCGCUCCUGGAAGUUGUGACAACCCAGAAAGAGAAAAUGAACUUGGAUACUUUGGGAAGCAGUGAACUUCUAGCAGAACAACUCAACGCCCUAUUUAAGACUCUGGACUAUAAAAAGUGCCUCAUUGAAGGUUUGGCCAAGUUAAGCCGGCAAGUGGCCGUUCACUUAAGCUUCAGUGAAAGAUUUGGAGUUCUUGGAGCCCAAAUAGCUGACAUGCAGAGAGAAUGGACACUACUGGAGCUAAAUAUUAAAACAGCACUAUCUCAUGCUUCAAACUUUGCCUCUCAACUUUCUGCCUUCAGACAAGAAACCAAAGAUCUUAAAAACAAACUUGAAGAAUUGUUCAUUUCAUUGGACUCAUUUGUGAGAUUACCCAACUUAAAAAAUACUUGGUACUUGCUUACGUGGACCGCAGACUUGAAAAAAUACAUGCAACAAUAUGAACAUUUGAGCUUACGAUUUGACGAUAUCGCUCAGUAUAUUGGACAGAGAGACACAGAUGUUUUGAAGAGGGAUCUUGAAAACUUGGGAAUGGUCCUCAAUGAAACCAAAAUGAAACACAUACUUGUCACUGGGAAUUGUGUAGGGAUUUUGUCCAAUAAUGUUAACAUGCAACUCCAGGAAUUUAUUGUAUGGGCCAAACAAGUGGAAUGCCAUGUUAUUACAGGUGAAAAAUUGGCUUUAUUUCCUGAAGAGGCACAUAUUCAGAUUGCAGAGAUGGAAAAAUUUGAAACUAAUAUUUUAUGUAGGCAAGCCCAGAUUCAAAAAAUUCAAUUUCAAGAAAUAAAAGCAAUAACUAGGGAAGGAAAUGACCGAGUCUGUGAAUCAUUAGUAGAGCUGUAUCAGACUAUUUUUAGCAGCAUGUGUAAAUGCAUUGGAACUAUGAAAGACAACUUAAAAGAAAGGGAAGCAUUGUUCAAUCAGCUGGCAGAUAUAGAUACAUGGCUCGCUGAAAUUCAUAAUGAAACAGACUCUUUCAGCCAGGUUGAAAAUAUCCAUCAAGUUGAUUUAGAAAAUCUGGAAAAGCAAUGCAAGAUUCAUAUAAAAAAUGUGAUACAAAUUGAGGGUAAAUGUAAAGAAGUUGAUGCAUUGGAGGAAAGUUGUAAGAAGAUUUUGGUUGGGUUGAGUCCUGGAGAGGGCUGCUAUCUGGUGAAUAGACUGGCAGGAAUCCGAACGAAGAUUUGUGGUGUUUUAACUCAAGAAAAAGCAGUUAUUUCAGAAUUGGAGGAGCUUAUGAGCCUAUGGACUAUACAUGACAAUGAUUUGUCCAAAAUCGAAACAAGCUUACAGAACAUUUGCAUUGCCCUGAACCAGCAAAGAUUCCCGCUAACUUUAGAAUCUAUUUCCGAAAUUAGAACUUUGAAAUACAAGCUAACCCAACAUCAGUGCCAAGUACAGGCGAUGCAACAUUGCAAGGAAGCGAAGCGUACUUCAAUAUUUAAUACUAUUGGACAACUUCUCGACAGGUGCAGUGUUUUGAGCCUUUGUGCCAUUGAGCAAGACAAAUAUGUGCAACUGAGGAGGCAAAUGGAGCAGUCAAAGGGCAAAUUAAAUGAACAAAUACUGAACGCCAAAGAUAAUGCGACAAAUUUGGGUGAAAAUUUUAAACUAAGCCAACAUCUGCUGGUUGAACUGCCUUUAUUGAAGACGCAAUGCCAAGAAGUUGCUGAUCAAUUAGAAGCCAUAGCUCAAGAGUUAUACCCCUCGGAGUUGAAUGCAGAACGGCAGAUGAUUCAGAAUACAGUGGAAAUCUUAGUCACAUGGGAGAAUACCAUCAUAGAAGAUAUCAAAAAUCUGGAGAACCAACUUAAGCUAGGACUGUGCUAUGAAAAAGAAUUAGUAGCGACAAUGGAGCUGAUGCAAAAGAUGAAACAAGAACUAGAGGAGGCGAAACCAGUGGAUCCAGACGAGAAGGUCAUAGAUGUGAGGCUUCAGGAGUACUGGGUGCGCUGGAGGAAUAUGGAGUCCACGAUGAGGGUGUGGGAAGAUCUCGCAAGAAAAGAGAAGAAGAACCUGAGGCAUCAUAAGGAGCUCUAUGCAGCGAGGGAUGCAGCAAUGAAGGAGUGUCUGGUGCAAAUGGAGAGUCUAGCCCAGGCGCGUGAAUCCCUGAAAGAUUACCAGUGGGCUGCACAGGGGGCUGCAGUCUUCCUCCAUAACGCUGAGACCACGUUUCUCUCAUCGUCCGGAGGGUUUAUGGACUGCACAGAGGAACAGAGGCAGACCCAGCAGGCUCUAGAUGCUCUUCAGAAUGGGUUUAAAGCUCAUGUGGACCAUCUGACCAAAGUCAUACCCCAGCAGCCAUGCCUGUCCCGUAUAAAGAUGGAGGCAGUGCACAGUGAGAUACUCGGUCAGUUAGUGGUGAAGCGGGCGGUGCUGGAGGCCCAGGCACAACUACAACUGGAGGCGUUGCAGAGGUGUUCAGAAAUGCACCAACAGCACAUGGAUAAACAUGGACAGGUACAGGAGAUUAUCUGUGGACUUGAAGACAAUUUGUCAAAGUGCGCAACAGAGCAUAUUUCCUCUUAUGAAACAUGUCUUGCCCAACUAAAAAGGACCAAGCUGUUACUGGAGGAUCUUCAGGGGCUUGCUGUGCAGAUAAAGGAGUUGGGAGCUGGAUGUCCGAUGCACGGCUGUGGGACAGGGAGGGCUGGUGAAGUGAGCGCCCUCUGGAACAAGUGGACAACAUUACGGCGUAGGGUUGGCCUCCUGCAGGCACACACUGAACUGAAGGCAGACGAAUGGAAGAAUAUAACCGCUAGUGUUGAGCAGUGCAGCACCCACGUGGCCUCUCUUCAGACUGACCUCCCUCUCUGCUCUCCUGAUGGUGUCUCUGAGGGGGGCUCUCUGACGCUCUUGGCCCAGGCCGAGCUGCACCAGGCCGGGCUGGAGAUGGAGCGGCGGGCCCUAGCAUCCCUGGAGCAGCGCCUGGAGCACGCCCUGAGCCCUUCCCACUCCCAGGCUCUCGUCAGUCCUGGGCCCCUCGGCAAAACACUGCUAGACAUUAAAGACAGUGUCAGGAGUUUGAUAGAGAGGAAUCGGAAGGUGGUAGAAACAGAGCAGCUAAAGGAGAAGGAGAAACAGCAAGUUAUUCAAGAAUUAACAGAAUUGGAGAAUCACGUUUUAUGCCUGUCUUCUACACUGGAGAGCUCCUCUAGUCAAAGUCAACAACAGGAGUACAUGGAGCAACUGUCCUCACAAAACACCAGAUUACAACACAUCUUGGACAGACUGGACAAUUGCUACAGUGAGAUUCCUUUCGACUUAUACAGACUUUUGCAAGACGUUCAACUUUCCCUACAAAGAGCAGAGGACAAGGUGACGGAGAGGAGUGCACAUGUCGAGAGAUUGUCCAGUCGUGUGGAAGAGCUGAGGUCAGGACUGGAGAGAGUGAGAGAGCUACUGAAGUACAGGAGUACAAGUGUCACCGAGGCUCAAAAUGCUCUGAAGCAUGUGUGGGAUGAGCUGGACCUGUGGCACGGCCGUCUGAUGCUGCUGGAGAGUGAGGUCCAGGAUCUGGCUGAGGACCUCCCUGACCAGGCCCACGACCUCAUGGACCAGCUGACCGAGCCUCUGCAGUGCUACCAGGACACGGCCCAGAUGGUGGAGCAGCACACAGCCUUCGUCAGCAAGAUUCCGGCCUGUAUGCGGGAGUUUGAAAACAUCUUGUACAGAGCCACCUGCUGGUUGGAAGAGGCAGAGUCCUGGCUCUGUGCUUCGUGUUCUUUCACAACAGCCAAAAGUCUCCAAAACCAUGCGAGUUCACUGCAGCUGCUGUUGGAGGACUCAGAGAGGAUCAGAGUUCUUCUUCAGGAGUUCAGGCCGGUCCUGUGUGACGUCAGUGCUGUGUGCGACAUCACUUUUCAGGAGCUGAGACUGGAGGACACAGACAGACAUGUGCUCAGCAUGCAGCAACCCAUCCUACAGCCACUAGGGGCACUGCUACAGGCUGCCACAGUGGUGGAGAAUUUGGAGGCGGAAUUGAAGACCAUCGAGAGAAACGUGUUCAAGAUGGAAGCAAUCUUAUCCUUGGAGGAAAAUGAAUGUACCUCCAUUGAGCAUCUUCACAACAGACAGGCCAUUGUGUCCAGUGCACAGUCAGCUAAGCAGGUGUUGCUAGACAUGCAGAGGGUUAAAGAGGAGCUGGACCUGCCCUGGCACUCCAAGGACAAACUGCUGGUCUGGUCCAAAGCCUCUUCACUGUUACAGCAAAUACAAGAGCUGGAGCUACUGUCGCAGAAACAGGCCAACGCACUGGAGAACAACAAAAGAAAAAAGGAAAUCAUCCCAAAGCCCAAGACUUCCGCAGACAGGAAGCAGGAUCCAGAUGAGAUCAGAGCUACAGACCGACCGGCAAUGGAUGAAGAGAAACAACUAGCAAAUUUUGAGGUGGUGGAUGGUUUGCCAUUUGAACAAGACACAAGUUUGGACACCACCGAGUCUUGGCUGUUAUCCGUCAGGCCUUGGCUUGACACCAGUGCUUCUGAACACAUGGAGAGUGAUUUAAACUUUGAAAAUGCAACGUGUGAGCCGCCAAUAUCUGCAGACCUUCCUAGGGUUGGAAAUCAAACAUCUGUUGUCAUGGAAACAUCUGGGUCUCCGAAACAGGAAGUCCGUGUCUUCGCUUCGACUCAGGCCAGAUCUGGGCUCGAAGACACCAGACUGGUCCCCGUGAGACCCAUAACUCCUUUUGCUGCCGCCGCUGUCUUUGAGGAGGAGGAAGACGGCCGUCCAUCUUCGUCUACAAGUCCCACUAAAGAGCUGGACACAUCCAUUCAGCUGAAACAAACUGCUGCCAGAGAAAUACCCUUGAAUGAAAGAUGCAAAGAAGCCAGUUCUCCAAAGGACAUGAGCCGGUCAAACCUUCGGGAAGAAAAUGGCAUAGAACAAUCAUCAUGGACUCAGCUGACUGACGAGAUCUCCCAGAUGCUGUCCAGCCUUGAUAAACAGGAUUUUCAGAUUUCAGAAGGAGAAAAUGUGUCAAGUGUUUCCUGCCUUCAAUCAACUCAACAGGCUGUGCUCAUGCUCAGACCAAUAGUGAAUUCGAGUGGUCCUUGUGAGCAUGGAGAAUUAUUUAAGGCUUUGAAACAGGUUUUACUUUCUUUAGACACUCUUAGUAAACUUAUGUCAAACUCAAUUCAAGAUAAAAAUGAUCCUGAGCUAAAGCUGCUACAGAAUGAGUGUUUAAGAGGAGAACUUGUGACUUUGUAUGAAUUGUUGAAUCAAAUUGAAAGAGUGGAUAAACAAGAGGUUUCUCAGUGCGUCACCUCCGUCCAACAAUGUGUGAGAAUGGUCAGUGAGCAGAUGCAGACACAAACAGGCCUCACUCAACAACAGCAGGUGUUGUCGAACCAUGUUGCCUUUACGGAUUACCUUGAUCUAAAACAGAAUAGCAUCUUCAAGAAUUCAAAGGAAACUCCAAAUUUGCUGUGUGUGCUGGUCGGACAUCUGAGGCGGUCUCCGGGGGCAGGAGCCGAGCUGAGGCAGGCUUCCCAGUCGAUGCUGCAGGGGAUGAGAGCUCUGGUGGAAGUGGGUGAGGAGGGCACCACGGAGGGGCAAAAGCUCACCAUUCACAGCCAAACUGAACUUCAAGCCGCCCUCCAGAGACUCAAGAAGCUCCAGGAGGUCCUUGUGUCCCAGUUGACUUUCACACAACAUCUUUUCCAACAAGAAGCCCUGAAGUGUCAUGAGGAUGAGUGGGCACAGCUGCAAGUCAGGGCCAGAGCUCUGCAGCAACAGGCUUUGGACCAACUUGUAACUUUUCAGUGGAAUCUGCAGGAGUGGACACAGUGGGAGGAUAAUUGUGGUCAGCUGGGAAGGCUUCUGGAUGAGAGUGAGGACUUUCUGAGCAGAGAGGAGCUGAAUGGGAGCGAUGCAGAGGAGAUGAUACAACAGUGGAUGCAACAGUGCCAGGAAAUGUUGUCCAAGCUGGAUAAGAGCAGAGCCACACUGGGCCUGUUCCUAGAUCAAGGUGAAAACUUGCAGAUUGCCUCGGUCCGACAGAAAGGGGGCGCUCUGGAGCUGCAGUGGAGAGACGUCUACAGACGAACUGAAGGAGCCAUCAAUCGCUGCAGAGACAUGCAGGAGCACUGGGCCAGUUUCCAGACAGACGUGGCAUCACUUAACAAGUGGCUGCAUGGUGCCAAGGAACAAGUCCAGACAUUUACAGACCUCGCUGCGACCUCUGACCUCAAACUAGAGUGUGUUCACAACAGUUUGAUCACGAUGUUGGACCUCUCUAUUGAGGUUGGCUCCAUGUCUGCCCUGAAAGCGUCUGUCUGCAGAAGGUCCUGCCCCAGCCCCAGACAGAGAGAGCAACUCACCAACCUGGAGACCCAGUGGAGCCAGCUCACCUCUGCCCUCUGCAAGACCCAAGAGCAACUGCAACAGCAUCUGCUGAAAAGAUGGCCACCUGAUGACAUGCUGUCUGCCCUUGAGGACUGGCUUGAGAAGAAACAAACACAUUUUAAUGAGGCGAAAGAAAAGAACUGUCUGCACAAACUCAAGGGGUUAAAGAGCGGACUGGAACAAGGGCAGCUGCUCCUGGACGUUCUGUGCCAGUCGGGGCCUCCUCUUCUGGGAGAUGAAGCCAUAACUCUCCGCUCUGAAAGGACAAUGCUGGCAGAGAAACUAGGUGCCCUCAGACUUCACUGGGUCGAGCUAAAGGGGGAGCUAGAGAUCCAGAUUAAUGGGGCAGAGCACAUGCAUCAAAUUCAGGCUCAAAAACAAAGGAAGUUGCAGCAUCUUCAAAAUUUUAUUAACCAAAAGAAGACGAAACUAGAUCAUUUAAGGCAACUUUGCGGUGAGGUUUUGGCUCGGAGGAUACCGCUGGAGUGGGAGGGUCAUGUGGAAAAUGUGAAGGACAUUACAGCAGAUGUGGAGAAACUGAAAGACACAUGUUUGAAUGUAGAAAAUGAAAUGAAAGAUAAUACUGGAGAUGCGGUGUUUUUGGAGCAAGUAGAGGUGCUGAGGUGCAACUGUGAAGACAUUAUUCAACAGAUGGAAACUUUACAUCCCUCCAUACAGCAAACCGUAGACAAGUGGAGUUAUUUCAGAAAACGCUUGAAUGAAAUUUCCCUUUACACCGUGAGACUACACUGCUCCCUACAACAGCUCCACGCUCCAGUCUUCUCCUUACAAGGGACAGAAAAGAAGCUUCUUCUCCUCCAGGAAUUCCAAUUGACAACAAAUAAGUACGAAGACCUAUGGAAUGAGCUGGAAAAAUCUUGCCAGGAUCUUGUGAAGAGUGAUCUAGUAGCAGCUGAUGUUUUAAAGGAAGAAAUGGAAAGAGAACAUCGGAGGUGGAAAGGAGUCCUGCAGAAUUUGAAAAACGAGACUGAGAAAACACAAAAGAGCCUUUCAAUAUGGCAAGAGUUCUCCAACCAGUCCAAAAACUGCUCGCAUCAACUGCAGCAAGCCUGGAGUCAGUGGGAAGAGCUACACCUCCAUCAAGACACUCAGGCCCGACCUCAGUCAACACAAGUACAGAAAUUGCAAGAAAAAGCUGAGAGCGUGGAAAGCACCUUGGAGCGUGUUCUUGCAGCAUCCAAGCUUUUGAUUGAAAAACUGGGCCCAAUUGCUUCUAACAUUGUCCAAUCACAAACCAGUCAGCUGUCACAUGAUGUUUGGAUUUUGAGCCAAGCCUUGCAGGUGUAUAAGAAGAAUACCCAGGAUGAUAUAGACCAACUGAAUGUUUUCCUUAAUCAUUUGGAAAGACUUGAAAACCAUAUGAAGGAAAAAGAAGACCAAGUUAACAAAGUAAAGGAUGUUAAUGCUGCAGAGCAGGUUUUCCAGGAACUCUCCAAACUGUUUUCGUCCAUGUUUGACGUCACUGAGAUGAGUGCCCACGUGAACCUUAGCAACCAGGAGGCACAGAGGCUGCACCAGCUCCAGGGGAGAUAUGUGGACAGUCAAACACGUGGCCUAGAGCUGUGCAAGUGGCUGAGCUCCCAACACCAUUAUUCUCUGGGGUUUGAUGAAAAAUACAAGGCCCUAACAGAAAUUCACGAUAAACUGGAGCAAGAAUCAACGCUGAGAAAUCCACAGAAUUACAACAAUCUUAAAAACAUGGCAACUGUCCACCAGAAGCUUCAAGGUGACAUCGUGGUAGGGCAUCAGUUACUGCAUGGACUCAUGUGUGACGCUGUAAAAAUAAUGAAAAAUGGAACAGAAACACAGAGGUCGGAAAGCUUUGCCAAGGUUUCUUACAUAAGGCAGAAAUGGACUGAUAUGCUGAAUCUGAUUAACCAGCGCCAAUCUUCGGUCAAACACCAGCUGAGCCAAUACUCCGCGUACCAGAGCGGCCUGAAACAUCUUUACGAUGUUAUAAGAGAAAUCGAUUCUCUACUGCCCCCUACAGGACAAGACAUAUCUGUGUCACGAAUCGAGAUGCAGGAUUAUGAGGCUGUAGAAAAGGCACUCCAGCCUCACUCUGCCAUCUACACCAGGACUGUGGACAGUGGGAGAAGUUUGUGUAAAAGUAUGACAGAUGCUGAGAGUCAAAUGAAGCUGCAAACAGAAGUAGAGGCUUUAGAGAAGGAAUGGGAACGCGCAACAUCACAGCUGGAAAGGCACAAAGCAGAGAUUAAGAAUACUGUCCAGAUGUGGAGGCUGUGUCAGGAGAAGAUCACAGAGGUGAGAUCUGAACUGGACCAGUGUGGACUUAAGCUGAAGAAAGCAGCAUCAGCCAAAACCAAGGACACAGAGCAGAUAAUCCAGGAGACAGAGUUCUCCUUGCAUCUUCUGAAGACAGGAGGACUCCAAGACGUGGGCACCAUGAAGACGGACUUGUCCCACUAUCUGCCGCUCGGGGACUCUGCACUGUUGGAACAGCAGCUAGAGCAACUGCACAGCCAAUGGGAAGAGCUGUGCGCCAAGGUAUCCUUACGUAAACAGGAAAUUGCAGACCGCCUGAACGCCUGGACCAUCUUCAAUGACAAGAAUAAGGAGUUCUGUGAUUGGCUGACGCAGAUGGAGAACAAAGUGUGCCACAGCGCCGACCUGAGCUUUGAGGAAAUGGUUGAAAAACUCAAGAAGGACUGCAUGGAGGAAAUUAAUUUGUUCAGCGAGAACAAGAGGCACCUGAAGCAGCUGGGGGAGCAGCUGCUGUGGGCCAGCGAUGAAGCCAAGCACAGCCAAGUGCACGGCUCUCUGCAGGAGGCCAACCAGCGCUGGCAAGGCCUCUUCCACCACAUCCAGGACAGGGUGAAGAAGCUGAAGGAGACCCUGGCGGCGGUGCAGCAGCUGGAUAAGAACAUGAGUAACCUGCGCUCGUGGCUGUGUCGCAUCGAGGCCGAACUGUCCCGACCCAUCACCUACAGCGUGCUCCACCAAAAGGAGAUCCACAAGAGGCUGGCCGAGCACCAGGAGCUGCAGAGGGACAUAGAGCAGCACACAGAGGGGGUGGUGUCCGUGCUCUCCCUCUGUGAUGUUCUGCUCCAGGACCAGGAUGCCUCACACGGGACAGGGGCAGACACUGACUCUCUGCAGGAGACCAGCCGCAGCCUGGACCAGCGCUGGAGGACCAUCUGUGCCAUGGCCUUGGACCGCAGGCUCAGAAUUGAGGAGACUUGGAGACUGUGGUGUAAAUUUCUUGAUGACUACUCGCGUUUUGAAGACUGGCUGAAGAUGGCUGAGAGGACCGCUGCCAACCCCAACACCGGAGACGUCCUGUACACCGAGGCCAAGGAGGAGCUCAAGAAGUUCGAGAGUUUCCAGAGACAGGUCAAUGAGCGGUUAACCCAGCUGGAGAUAGUCAACAACCAGUACCGGCGCCUGGCCCGGGAGAACCGCACGGACCGGGCCAGCCAGCUCAAAGCCAUGGUCCAGCAGGGGAACAGGCGCUGGGACGCACUGCACCGGAGAGUGGCUGCCAUCCUACGCAGACUCAAGUAUUUCACCAGUCAGAGGGAGGAGUUCGAGAGCACCAGAGAGAGCAUGCUGGUGUGGCUCACUGAACUGGACCUGCAGCUCACCAACGUGGAGCAUUUCUCUGAGAGCGACGUGCAUCACAAGAUACGACAGCUCAAUAGCUUCCAGAAGGAGAUCCGGCUGAACACGGAGCGUAUUGACGGACUGAUCGUGUUUGGGGAGGGCCUGAUCCAGCGCAGUGCCCCAGGGGACGCGGAGAUCAUCGAGGACGAGCUGGAGGAGCUGCACUCAUACUGUCAGGAAGUGUUUGGAAGACUGGUGCGCUUCCAUCACAGACUCAGCCAACCCCCGACCCCAGCGGAACCCGAAUCCCCCAUCACCAGCUUCUCCUUGGAGUCCAGUUUGGCUCUGAUUGGCCGGCCGUGGUUGGGGCGGAGCCUGAGCAGCCCUUUGGUCACACCCACUCACCUGCUGGCCACGCCUCUGUCACGCUCGGGCCGAGAGACUCCUGUGAGCGUAGACUCUCUGCCCCUGGAGUGGGACCACACCGGAGACGUGGGAGGGUCUUCUUCACAUGAGGAUGAGGAGGACGAUGACCUGGACGAUGAAGGGGCGUAUUUUAGCGCAGUGUCCAGUCGCUCAGUUUGCGAUUCUCCAAGAUGGCGAACGCAGGACGAUUCAGAGUUUCUCGAUCUUGAAUCCAACGAUCACGGUGAAGCUCCGCCCGCUCUCUCCAGCACACCUUUGCAGCAAGGCAACUAUUUGCACCUGAUGUCCCAAUGCAGCGGGAGCAUUGAGAACUUUAAGAGGGUCUCAUUGAUCUUGGAUGACGAGGACACGCCCGAGGAGUUUGGGCUGGUUGGACUUAACGUUUCAGGCAGACAAUCAGGAGUGAUUGAACGGUGGGAGCUGCUGCAGGCCCAGUCCCAGUCUGACCUCCGGGCCGACCCAGAGGAGGAGCAGCUGUCCCGGGGUCUGGAUCAGAUCAGCUCCUGGUUGGACACAGUGGCUCCACAGCUUGAACAUGUUCUACUGCGUGACCCUCCCAGCACCGUGGAGGACAUGAGCAGCCAGGCCAAACAGCUGAAGGAGAUGCAGAAGAUGUUCGCCCAAAACAAGUCCACCAUGCUGUCGUUGAAUCUAAACAUACACGGAGAUCCGGAUGUUCAACAGAGAGUGGCUUUGGUCAACCAGAAGUGGAGCAAAGCCUGCACUGACCUCCAGCACUGGGACACCUCUCUCAGGAAAACACUAGUGCGCUGCCAGGAGUUCCAUGAAACUCUCCACUCCUUGCUGCUGUGGCUGGCCCAUGCGGAGAGCCGACGGUACGCAGUGGACAUACACCACCCAGAAACAUCGGUCAAAGCUCUCAAACUACACCUCAACAUGCUCACAGACGUGCGUGAGGAGCUGGUGCGCAGACAGUCCCAGCAUGCCUCUCUCCAGGCCCUGUGGAGCCAGCUGCAGCCGGACGACCACGACGAAGCCCAGGAGAAGCUGCACGUGACGGGGAGCAAGAUGAAAAUCCUGCUGAGGGAGCUGAGCCAAGACCUGAGCGCAAUACAGAGCAGACUGGAAAAUGAACCUGACGAACAAGACCAAAGAGCAUCCAAGAAAAAAUCUCCCAAUUCAAGAGAGAGGAGAGAGUCAGCCCCGCGGUCCUUCUUCUACCGGCUCCUCCGUGCGGCCUUCCCCCUGCAGCUGCUCCUGCUCCUGUUGCUCCUGAUGCCCUGCCUGAUCCCCAUGACCCCCCCGGAGCAGAGCUGCACGGGGACUAACAACUUCGCCCGCUCCUUCUACCCCAUGCUCCACUACACCAACGGGCCCCCACCCACAUAACUCUGGACUUUACUCAGAAACAAAUCAUCAUGUAAAUGUAAAAUACCUUGAAACGUGAGGCAAGAGAAAUAGUUUGUUCAAAUUGGACUGAGAGUGCAGGGUUGGCAACAGCUGCUAAAGGUUCAUUGUGUAACUUUUUGAUGUCAUUAGUUGUCAUCUGCCUGGAAUGUUUCAAAGUUGGAUUUUUUCUUGCAUUUACAAUCACAGGUAUUUUAAUUCUCAAAAAUACCUUGAAAAAACGCACUGGUCUGGUGGUGUCAUUUUGUGUCUAUGGGGCUAGAUUAAGUUUAAUGCCAUACUUUGGAACAUUCCACUUAUGCUACAUCUCCAUGGAGACAAGCAGAUGGUGGAUCUUCUGUCUGAAAAGUUACAGAGUGCAUCUUUAACUGUUGGCUUAAGAUAAAAUACAGUUUAACAUGUUUUGUGCAUUUCCACGUUUGUAAUCGAGUAAAACAAACAAAAGAUAAAAUUUUAGUUUUAAAUUUUCUACGUCGUCAAAGUUUUGUAAACCGUUCCACAAUUGUGCAUAUAUUUUGUAUGCGUUGACAAAGAGUAUGUUUUUUUUUUUUAUACUUGGAACACUGGUUAAUUUAAAUGUAUUUAAAAUUAAUAUUAUGUCCCUUUUUAUAUCUGGAUUACAUUUCCACAACACUGUAGAUGUUUAAAGAAUGUGUUUAAUAUAAUUUGUAUUUAUAAUGGAUGUUUGCACUCAAUGUUUUGCUAGUAAACGCUGAAUUUGA